AUGGCUUUUCAGGUGUCCGUGCUUUUUCGUCCUUGGAAUUGGUUGCUGUUGCUAGCAGUCCUCACGUGUUCUGAAGCAACUUCUGAUUUUAACAAGCCCACAAGUGCCAGUGCCCAGCAUGAACCUGGCAUUCGGUUUGCUGCUGCCAGCUCAGAGCUGGACGAGAGGAUAACUGUUUUUGCACUGGAUUAUGACUAUGUGCAGAUUCCUUAUGAGGUCACCCUCUGGAUACUUCUAGCAUCCCUUGCCAAAAUUGGCUUCCACCUGACCCGCAGGCUGCCCCGCCUCGUGCCGGAAAGCUGCCUCCUCAUCCUUGUCGGGGCGCUGGUGGGCGCCAUCAUUUACGGCACUGACCACAAGUCGCCCCCAGUCAUGGAUUCGAGCAUUUACUUCUUGUACCUCCUUCCACCCAUCGUCCUGGAAGGCGGCUACUUCAUGCCCACCCGGCCCUUCUUCGAGAACAUCGGCUCCAUCCUGUGGUGGGCAGGCGUGGGGGCCCUGGUCAACGCCUUUGGCAUCGGCCUCUCCCUCUACCUCGUCUGCCAGAUCCGGGCCUUCGGCCUCGGCGACGUCAACCUGCUCCAGAGCCUGCUGUUCGGCAGCCUGAUCUCCGCCGUGGACCCGGUGGCCGUGCUGGCCGUGUUCGAGCAGGCGCGCGUGAACGAGCCGCUGUGCAUGAUGAUCUUCGGGGAGGCGCUGCUCAACGACGGCAUCAGUGUGGUCUUAUACAAUAUAUUAAUUGCCUUCACAAAGAUGCACAAAUUUGAAAGCAUAGAGCCUGUUGACAUUUUGGCUGGAUGUGCCCGAUUCGUUGUUGUGGGGGUUGGGGGAGUACUUUUCGGCAUUAUUUUUGGAUUCAUUUCUGCAUUCAUCACACGUUUCACUCAGAAUAUCUCUGCAAUUGAACCGCUCAUCGUCUUCAUGUUCAGCUACCUGUCCUACUUAGCUGCGGAGACUCUCUAUCUCUCUGGCAUUCUGGCAAUCACGGCCUGUGCAGUGACGAUGAAAAAGUACGUGGAAGAAAACGUGUCCCAGACAUCCUACACGACCAUCAAGUACUUCAUGAAGAUGCUGAGCAGUGUCAGCGAGACCCUGAUCUUCAUCUUCAUGGGCGUGUCCACCGUCGGGAAGAACCACGAGUGGAACUGGGCCUUCGUGUGCUUCACCCUGGCCUUCUGCCAGAUCUGGAGAGCCCUCAGCGUGCUUGCUCUCUUCUACAUCAGUAACCAGUUCCGGACUUCCCCCUUCUCCGCCAAGGACCAGUGCAUCGUUUUCUACAGCGGCGUUCGAGGAGCUGGGAGUUUUUCUCUGGCAUUUUUGCUUCCUCUGUCUCUUUUUCCCAGGAAGAAAAUGUUUGUCACUGCUACUCUAGUGGUUAUAUAUUUUACUGUCUUUAUUCAGGGAAUCACAAUUGGCCCUCUGGUCAGGUACCUGGAUGUUAAAAAAACUAAUAAAAAAGAAUCCAUCAACGAAGAGCUUCACAUUCGUCUGAUGGAUCACCUGAAGGCGGGAAUUGAAGAUGUGUGUGGGCAAUGGAGCCACUACCAAGUGAGAGACAAGUUCAAGAAGUUUGAUCAUAGAUAUUUACGGAAAAUCCUAAUUCGAAAGAACCUGCCAAAAUCAAGCAUUGUUUCUUUGUACAAGAAGCUGGAAAUGAAACAAACUCUCGAGAUGGUGGAGACGGGGAUGCUAAGUCCCCUGACCUUUUCUGCGCCCCACCAGGCCCAGAGGACAGAAGGAAUCAAAAGGCUUUCCCCUGAAGAUGUGGAGUCCAUGAGGGACAUUCUGACACGCAACAUGUACCAAGUUCGACAGCGGACACUGUCCUACAACAAGUACAGCCUCAAACCCCAAGCAGUUGAGGAGCAAGCUAAAGAGAUACUGAUCCGCCGCCGGAACACCUUCCGGGAGAGCGUGGGCAGAGGCCACAGCCUGCCGCGGGCACAGCCGCCUGGCACCAAGAACAUCCGCUACCUCUCCUUCCCUUGCAGCGGCCCGCAGCCAGCCUGGGGAGCGCAGGGGCCCGCGGAGCUCACAGAUGCGGACAGCAGUGACUCGGAGCUCUCGUCCAUCAUGUCCCGCGCACACCCUCGAGCAAGAUCGCUUCGAGAGAGGCAGCUGGCUCCGCAGAUAAUCAGCAUGAAGAGUGUGAACAGAGGAGGGAAGCCACCCAACUCUGGCUACCAAAGAAGUGCGAGCCAAGAGGAGCACGUGGGCGGAGGCGGCAGGGCGGCCUCAGGGCCCAAAGGGCGGUUUCACCCCGUGGACGAGGAAGCCUUCAUGGAGUUGCUUUCCCUGAGGCCUUUGUUCACCUGGACAUGUCUGCGAAGCAGCCCUGGAGCUCUUGCUAAAGUGUGCUCUGUCUUCCUUCCUCGUGACUCGCGGAUCGGUCAGGGUAAAACAGGUGCCGAGGAAGGCUUGCGGGUGUUGCUUUCGCGCAAUGAGGUUUUCGAGCAGCCUAGAUGUGAUGCCAUGGGCACCGUUCUUAUCUUUGAUCAGUUGCUAAAGGAGAAACCCUGGCCACUGGCUGCAGAGGGGAUCCGCUAUGACAGUGUCCCCUGGACACUUUAUUAA